AUGCUGGCACACAAUUUGCCUUUUUUCCUCAUUUUCGGACUCAUCGGUGGCUGUUUGAGUGAUUGUGGCUAUUCGAAUUGCGAGAGUUGUGCAGCAGCAACUGAUGGUUGUGGUUGGUGUCUCGUUGACGCGAAAUGCUCGAAAGAGGCUGACUGCAAGAGUGAAAUCUUUCUACAGAACGAUUCCUACAAUUGCCCGCGAUCUCCAAACGCGAAUUUUCCCUUCGAUGACACGUUUGGGAGAAAGAUGGCACUUCCAUUGUAUUGGCGGCAACGUGAUUUCUGUUAUUCGUAUACGGCUUUCGAUCUCAGCCGAAAAGCGAUAAUGAUCGCUUUUCGCGGCACAAGCGGAAACUUUGAGACAGUCGCCGAAAUAUUGGGGAUGCUAAAGAAAAAAGAUAACUUUUUGAAUAUCGGCUUAAUUUAUGACUAUUUCUUUAAUGGGUUCUUCUUUUUGUGGCGCGCCGGCUUGGAGGCGCAAGUUAUGACGCUGAGAAAAGUCUACCCAACGUACGACGUCUAUAUCGUCGGGUAUUCGCUUGGCGGAUCGUUGGCGUCUCUUUGCGCCGCGUAUCUCGUCAAACAGGGGCUUUUCGAACCGGAAAAGAUAAAAAUCAUGACGUUCGGGCAGCCGAGGACAGGCGAUGUGAGAUACGCGGAGUGGCAUGACGCCAAUAUUCCCUUCUCCUACCGUGUGGUCCACCACCUCGAUCCAAUUCCUCACAUCCCGCCGCAAGAAGUCGAUCUGAUGCAUCAUCGUUUCGAAAUUUGGUACGACAAUGCGAUGACUACCGCCAACUACACAAUUUGCCCCUAUGGUGAUUUGAUCGGUCAAUGCGCGAACAGCAAGAUCAUGUGGCAAUUCGAUGACCACACGCACUACUACAAUACGGCAGUGAGCGAUUGGUGGAAAACGGAUUGCAAA